UGUUUUGCCCCUCGACAUUAAAUAUAACUGGAGUGCCGCUGAGGAUUUGAGUGUAGUCGGUUGUUGCCCCCUUCCUCGUCUAACAACGCAAAGAAAAGGAAUCCCACAGAAAGCGAGGAGAUGUGUCGGUCCGUCCUAUUCGCCCUGCUUGGUCUGACAGCCGGACUCGUUAUUGGGUUUCCCACCCAGGAAGAGGAAAACAGUGGCGGAAAACACUGGGUGCUUAUUGUGGCUGGCUCCAACGGCUGGUACAACUACAGGCACCAGGCCGAUGCUUGCCAUGCCUACCAGAUUGUCCACAGGAAUGGCAUCCCCGACGAGCAGAUUGUGGUCAUGAUGUACGAUGAUUUGGCUGAAAAUGAACAGAAUCCUACCCCUGGGAUACUGAUCAAUAGACCAAAUGGCAGUGAUGUGUACAAGGGAGUUCCUAAAGACUACAUCGGGGAAGAUGUUACCCCAGAAAACUUCCUGGCAGUGUUGAAGGGUGAUGCCUCAAAAGUCAAAGGUGGCUCUGGAAAAGUGCUGAAGAGUGGACCCAAUGAUCAUGUGUUUGUUUACUUCACCGAUCACGGAGCACCUGGUAUUCUGGCAUUUCCCGCCGAUGAGCUCCAUGUUGAAGACCUUCAAGCAGCCAUUACAUACAUGCACGACAACAAGAAAUACAAAAAGAUGGUGUUCUACAUUGAAGCAUGUGAGUCGGGGUCAAUGAUGAACCACCUGCCUACUGACGUUGAUGUGUAUGCCACCACAGCAGCCAACGCUGAGGAGUCCUCUUAUGCCUGCUACUAUGAUGAGAAACGGGACACCUACCUGGGUGACUGGUACAGCGUGAAUUGGAUGGAGGACUCUGAUGUGGAGGAUCUGAGAAAAGAAACAUUGCUACAGCAGUUUAAGAUUGUGAAGAACCACACAGACACGAGCCACGUCCAGCAGUACGGAAACAAGACUUUGGCCCACAUGAAAGUUAUACAGUUUCAGGGUAAUCACAAAGCAGACAGUCCAGCUCCGAUGAACCUGCCACCAAUUACAAACCUGGAUCUGACCCCGAGCCCUGACGUUCCUCUGGCCAUCCUGAAGAGGAAGAUGAUGGCCUCCAAUGACAUCAGUGUGGCACGGGGCUUGCUCAUGGAGAUCAGUGCCCACCUCAAGCUCAGGGACAUUAUGGCCGACACUAUGCGCAAAGUGGUCGAGAGAGUCGUCGGCAAUACGUUCAAAGCCAAUGACAUGGUAAACAGCAGAGCUGACCUCUCCCAGCAUCAGUGCUACAAGGCGGCAGUGAAGCACUUCAAACACAACUGCUUCAACUGGAGCAAACCUGAGUACGAAUACGCACUCAGACAUCUGUAUGCGCUGGUGAACCUUUGUGAGGGAGGAUAUCCUGCAGAGAGCAUCCAGCAGGCCAUGGACACCGUGUGUGGCCACUAAAAGGAUUUCUGUGAAACCAUCAAAGCCUCUGGUUCUUCCGCUUGAGAAGCUGCGAAAACUGAGCUUCUCUUUGCACCACUUGGGAAUCAGUCGGAUGUGGAGCUGACCUUAUUGUCUUAUGAGCACACUAUAAAUUUUAAAGUCGUUUUUGAUUUUACUGAUUUUUCUUUUAUGAUGACUUCACAGUGAAGAGCGUGCGAGACUUUUUAUUGCUACCCGUUUUGUUUUUAGAACAAAAUACACAAUUAUAAUAUGGACUGCAAAUAAAAUUGUUUGCUAAGCUUUAUUUGUGGUAUUGCCAAGGGCAGACCACUAAACAAUGAAUGUUAAGCCUCAAGAGACUUUUUUUGUGACAUUGCUGGGAAUAAAAUCCGAUGGAGCCAAGGUGACAUGCUUUCUGGAUGAUAUUUCUAAUAGCUGCUGUUUACUGUUUCAGCAGCUAACCUCAGAAGGAUUUCUUUUCCAGAUAAUUCUGCAUUUCCUAUGAUCAGAAACCUUUAAGUUUGCACACCACUGUGUGAUAGAUACAUAAAUGCACCCAUAUCCUCUGGCUGUGAACUGCUGUGAGCUUUAACAGGAUUUUGGACUCCCUGUGAUCUUGAUUUUUAAAAGCUGAUAGUUUAUUACAGGAUACCAAUGAGCCCGAGAGCAGGUCUAUAUUUACAGAAACAGAACAGAGACUGUGGGGUCAUCAGAGAUCAGGUGAAGGGCUUGAGAUUGAUCAAUUAAAAACAAACUUGUUUAUACUACAGCAUUGGGGCUAUUAGUGUCAUUGAUUUAUGUAAAUUCCUUUAAAAACAUUUUAAAGGAAUUUCCUCAUUUUCCACUGCAGAAAGAAAUCUAAAUAAAGUAAAAAUGCACUCACUAAGCAUUGCUAA